UUGUCACCUUUCCAGAUUGAAUUACGGUCGGAUUCAGAGAGGGACUGGCGGCAGUAUGGUGGUUUUGUCCCGCAUUCACCAUCUGAAAUACAUUUUCGACAGGAAUUACCAAGUCUGGCAACCCAUAAGCACUAUUAUGCGCGUGUUUCAGCUACCGACACUUCUCGACGUGUUCUUGCAACAUCCGAAGUGACCAGUUUUACCGUUCAGUGUCAGGUUUAUACAACAACCAGUGCAAACACCAAUAGUGAGCCAGUGGCCGUUUUAAAUGUUAACUAUCAAGCAGGUAUUCAUAGUUUACUUUCAGCGCCCAGUGUUGUGCCACAGAAUCUACGCUUGGAACCUGUUGCUGAUGGAAUUCGAUUAUCGUGGACAUGGACAGGUCAGGAGAGCCCAGAAUGCGAACCGUAUUUUCUGAUAACUGGUUAUCAGAACGGAGGUCCGUUUUCGGAGCGAGUCAGUGGACAGUUGCGGGAGUUCACUUUCCAGAAUGCAAUCGGUGGUGAAUGGCAUGUGGAAAUGCGAGCUGGAAAUCGUGUUGGUACUGGUCCCAGUAGCUCACCGGCCAACUUGCACAAUGUUCCCAUCGUCUCAAAGGGUGUCCGUGUCCGUGUGCCACGUAGCAUCUGUGAUCCACGUACAGAUUUCUGGUGUCGUCCACCGGGUGAAAGUGACGAUGUUGCUGUACCACGUCAUCCCGACGAAGGUUUGCUUCGUGUGCUGUGCCGUUUGUACCUUGCCCCUCUUUGUAAACGGUUAACUCUUUGUCCUUCUGUGUUUCUCAAAAGCUUCUGGUGA